GAACCAAGAAUCAAACAACAACUAGAAUCACUUGGAAAACGUUGGAAUGCCUAUUCAGGCUAUGAAGAGGUAGUAGAGGCAAAAGCACAAGUGUUAGAAGCAGAAGUUGAAUUGAAACAAUUACGAGAUGAACAAAGUAUCUUGCGGAAAGAAUAUAUGAAAGCUGUCAGCAGGAGAGCUGGAUCACAACAAACAGUCAAUAAACUCUUACAAAGACGAGAAGAUUGGAGUGAUGCAGAUUUGAACGCAUACAUGGAGCUUGUCAAAUCUGAACAUGUAGAAGCAAGAGGUGAACGGGAGGCUACAGAACGAUAUGAGUCAAUAGGCCAUCGCGUAAAUGCUGCUUGGGAUGAUGUUGUCCGCAAAACCUUGGAGAGGUAUCAUGAAGAACAAAUUUGGAGUGAUCGUGUUCGUGCAGGAAGCACGUAUGGAAGCUUGAUAAUUGCUGGCUUGAAUGUUGCUAUCUUCAUUUUGGCCUUCCUCGUUGUUGAGCCUUACAAACGCAAGAAGCUAGCACAAACAUUUGAGAGCAGACUGCUAGAAGGUGAAGCGCUUAAUGCUCAAAUGUUAGCAAGUGUCGUACAAGAGUUCACUCAACAAUUGACAGCGCUGGAAGAAAGU